CUGCUAUAAAGAGCAAUUUUGAAUAUUCAGUUCAAGGGUACCUACUACAUACUUUAGAGAGAAACAUUUUACAGUAUACACGUGCUUAAGUAUGUCUUCUUUUGAAGUUUUGUUUGAUAAUGAACAAGUUAUUGUCUCCCCGUUAACACAAAGGAAUUUUGGCAUGAGUUUGGUUUUACCUGGCUUGUAUGUGGGAAACUACAGAGAUUCAAAAGAUUCAUCUCAACUAGCCAAGUACAACAUCACUCAUAUUCUUGCUAUACACGAUACAGCACGAAGAAUACAUUCAGACAAACACUACUUGUGCGUGAUGGCUUCUGACACUCCGGAUCAGAAUCUGACCCAGUACUUCUCUCUGUGUAACGAUUUUAUACAUGCGGCAAGACUCAGAGAUGGCAACGUUCUCAUUCACUGUUUGGCUGGUAUGUCACGCAGCGUGACGGUAGCCGUAGCUUACAUCAUGUCUGUGACGACCUUGAACUGGAAGGACGGCCUGAAGGUGGUCAAAGCGGGUAGAAACGUCGCCAAUCCGAACCUGGGAUUCCAACAACAACUGGAACAAUUUGAGUGCCUGGCCUUAGCCGAGGAAAGAAGACGGCUUAAGGAAAGAUAUCCUAGUUUAGCCCUAGUAUACAAGGAUCAAGAGUAUUGCGCACUCAUGCUGAACAACUACGAAGAACUGCUACAAUCCAGGAGCAUUUGUGAGGGGAAAUGUGCCUUAGGGGAGACCUGUCCGACAGGGCUUUGCAGGUCGGCUACGCAAAAGAAAACGCCUCGAAAAAGAAGUAGUACUACAAGAUCUCAAUCAGAAAUGAGGAGGAGUCCUAGUACGUCCAGUACAAAGAGCAACUCAAGUACUAGAAGUGCUUGCGGUACCAGACCAAGAUCUGGACCGGCAGGAUUGAGAAGUUUAGGAUCUGCACCACCAUCUCGUUCGGGAAGUAGAGUGGACAUCUCCUCUUGCAGCGGGAACCUCACAGCACCCUCCACACCCCAGACAAGCCCUCCAGUGUCACCCCAAAGGAGAAGGGGUACCUUGGGACGCGUUCAAGUACCUUUAGCCCUAAAAGAAGACGAUUUCGAUGACUUAUAGCAAGAAUUUCGAACGGUUUAUUUGUUAAAGUAUUUGUUACAGGUGUUUUGGGAACGGUUAACUUUAGAAUGUACCAACUUAAGGGUUAAAUAAUCAGAGAAAUAUGCAAGCGCAGAAGAGUACUAAAAUAUUUGUUGAUACCUACAUAAGUAAUAUUCCUAUAAGGCUAGUUAGUAAGUUAGUAUACAAGUAUACAGUGUCCGGCAAUAGUGCGUCGGGCAUCUGUAGCUCAUAGAAUAAAAAAAAGCUUUUGGGAAUUUUG